AAAACAGGGCUAUUCGAUCAAAGAGAGCAUCCACCUCAUCCCAACAUGAGCAGCCCACUGCUCAGGACCGUGGCUCCUCGCCAAUACAUGACCUUCCGAAGUAUUAACACUCAGCAGACUCAAACAGGGAGAACCCAAAAUUGGUGGAUGUACUUGGCUGUGUUCACCGCUAUCUUGGGAAAUCUGAGCUUUGGCUACGCACUGGUCUAUACUUCACCUGUAGUCCCAGAACUGAAACAUUCUUCCGAUCCGAAACUUCAACUGAAUACUGAGAAAGCUUCCUGGUUUGAGUCGAUCUUUACCUUGGGUGUGGGAUUUGGAGGCCUGAGCACUAUGUUCCUCAACGACUUCCUAGGCCGCAAGCUGACCAUCAUGGUGUCCAGCGUGCCUUCGGUCUUUGGAUUUGCCAUCAUGGGCAGUGCCCAGGAGGUGUGGAUGCUGGACUUUGGCCGGGUAUUGACUGGGAUCGCAGGGGGAAUGGUGUCUGGCGCUAUUCCGGUUUAUGUUUCAGAGAUAUCCGUGGUCAAGCAGAGAGGAAGGUUGGGCGUUGGACCCCAGUUCAUGCUGGUUUGUGGAGCACUCCUGCUCUAUGCCUUGGACCUGUUCCUAUCGUGGCGUUCACUGGCUGUGGUUGGGGCGUUUAUACCAACUGCAAUGAUUAUUAUUAUGUGCUUCAUGCCGGAAUCUCCUCGCUAUUUAAUCUCCAAACACCGCAGGGAUGAAGCCAUGCAGUCACUGGCUUGGCUUCGUGGAACUGAGGCCAAUUAUCAACUCGAGUACCAGGAGAUCGAAGUGUCGCUGAGCAGAAAUGUCAACCAGAUAUCUUGUUCUGACCUACGUCAGCGUUACAUCUACAAACCGGUACUGAUUGCUGUCUUAAUGAGGGUGUUUCAGCAGCUCAGUGGAAUCACAGUCAUCCUGGUCAACAUGCAGAGUAUCUUUGACAGUACGUCUGUCGUGCUGCAAGGUUCCUACGAUGCAGCGAUUGUUGGGCUGGUUCGUUUGCUCUCUGUCUGUGUUGCUGCCUGGCUGAUGGACAAAGUUGGAAGACGGAAACUUCUCUUUUUGUCAGGUGCAAUCAUGUUUAUCUCAGCAUUGACUCUUGGAGUCUACAGCAAACUGAAUGAGCUAAAGAAUAACCAAACAAGCAGCAAUUUUUCCAUUGGGAACGCUGACCAUUUAACAGUUAACCAUCUACUUCAACACACAAUGGCACAAUGGCUAAGAUACAUUCCACUAAUCAGUGUCAUGCUUCUCAUUUUCGGCUAUGCCCUGGGCUGGGGGCCAAUCACCUGGCUGCUGAUGUCGGAGAUCCUUCCAAUUAAAGUCCGUGGUUUGGCAUCUGGCCUGUGUGUUGUUGUCAGCUGGGUCACAGCAUUCAUCUUGACAAAGUGGUUCUUGCCAGUGAAGGAUCGCUUUGGCCUCGCUGUCCCCUUCCUGUUCUUCUGUGUGAUAUCCAUGCUGUCUAUAUUAUUUACUGCUCUCUGCAUUCCUGAAACAAGAGGGAGAACUUUAGAGCAAAUUGAAGAGAGUUUUCGGAACCCAAGGAGACCCAGCUGCAAUUAUAACAAUUGACGGGGAAACAGACUUUGAAAGCUGAACAGUAACAUUUUACAAUUACGAGCUCUUCAACCCUCUCUCAACCUGUGAGGACAGACCAAUCCUCAACUACGAGGAUUAUGUUUACACUUUUGCAGAUUCACCUAGUCCAAAGGUGUCUGUGAAAUAUAAUGAUCCCUUCCAUACCUUUUACACUGUCCCCAUCAAACACUCCCAGGACAGGUACAGCACAGGGUUAGAUACAGAGUAAAGCUCCCUGUACACUGUCCCCAUCAAACACUCCUAGGGCAGGUACAGCAGGGCGUUAGAUGCAGAGUAGAGCCCCCUCUACAUUGCCCCCAUCAAACACUCCCAGGACAGGGACAGCACGGGGUUAGAUACAGAGUAAAGCCCCCUCUACACUGUCCCCAUCAAACACUCCCAGGUCAAGUACAGCACGGGGUUAGACGCAGAUUAAAGCCCCCUCUAUACUGUGCCCAUCAUACACUCCUAGGGCAGGUACAGCACAGGUUUAGAUACAGAGUAAAGCUCCCUCUACACUGUCUCUUCAGGUAGUGAUAGGGUAGUGCCAGCCACAGUUUAUAAUCUGCAAUGAGGUGAAUUCCGUAACCUGUGGAGCGAAAGGUGGGAUGGGGUGAAUAGGCUUUUCUCCUUUUGUGCUUCAUCAUUGAUACUAAACAGAGGGUGUGUGAAUGUUGGACCACAGCUAGUAUUUAUACAACUCCACAUCUGCUGCUGGUAAAUGAUAGUCUGGCUGUUUAAAGAUUGCUUUCACAAACCAACUUACACUGAAACAAAGCUUGCAUCUCUUCCAACUGCAAAACUCUUUUACGUGGUUUGUAAAUAUA